AUGUUUCGUGCUUACCUUCGCCAAAAGUGGAAAGAAAUCGUUUUCUUUGAAAGCGGGAAAUGGAAUGCUGAUGAAGAUAAAAUCUGUCACGACCAUAAUAAAUUAGUGCAACUUUGUUUGGAUGGGUUUAAAGAACUUGUAAAGAAAUGCACGAAAGAAACCUUCUAUCAAAAUUAUAUAGGAUUCGGUAUUAAUAUUGCAGCAAAAAUACCCCUUGGUAAAGAGUCAGUUGAGGAAGUUGAAGAGUUCGUUCAUGCUCUAUUAGUUUUGCGAAAUGGGGUUAUCGUAAAUUUACAGAGUAUUGUAAAUAGUUUUCAAAAAAGAUCAAGAAAGACGAGUGAUGUAAAUCCUCCUCCACGUGAAGCUGGAAGAUUAAGCAAGAAAAAAUAG